UCCUAACUCAGUUUUUCCCUUGCCGCGCACUUCACUCACGCGCGUAUGCACGCAGACCACUCCUCUUUCGUCUCCUCUCAUAUCGAUGCAAGGAGAGGAAACGCUCGUUUUAUUUCAUUCGUAAGUAGUCCUCCAGUAACCCCACCAAGAAGGACAUCGACGAGGACAGAGGACUUAACCCGUGCUUGCCUCGAAAUUCGAUGACGGAAUCACCCAAUGAGCGUAAUUUAUCAAACCCUAAUCAGCCUCAGCCCGGUUCUUUUUGCGGUGUAUGUGCACCUCGCCUAAACGGGAUUGUAGCCUAUACGUAAGGAAGAUUAGAAUUGCAUUAUGAACUUGAACACUUUGAUAAAAGUAUGGGGAUCAAUUGCUGGGUGGUCAUCUAUCGGGUUACAAUGAUAUAAAGCGCAUGCAUACCCGUAGUAGCUUGAUCAAUAGCAUAUCAUCUCCUGAAAUCCGCUAUUUGAAUAGGAAUACAAUUGUAUGAUUUGUUAACCUCAGUCUAGCGUAUAUGGUCAGCAUGUGGACGCUCAUUUGUUCUGUCUUGGAAGAGACCCGUUCAUUCCUUGCCACUGGAAGGCAAACCAACACUGGACCAUGGUUCGAUGCUCCUUGAAUAGGCUACUCACCCUUGCAUAGACCUGCUAUAGAAGGCUACGGCCCAGUGUUGGAAUUACAAUUGGAUUCAAAGAAAUGCUGUAAAACAAUCCAAUGGACAAUUACUCACAUCUACAACUGCAGUGUCUGGAGAUGACGACUAAGAGGAAGAUCAUUGGGCGCCUGGUGCCGUGCCGGUGCUUCCGGGGUGAGGAAGAGGUCAUCUCAGUGCUGGACUACUCCCACUGCAGUCUGCAGCAGGUGCCCAAGGAGAUCUUCAGCUUCGAGCGCACGCUGGAGGAGCUCUACCUGGACGCCAACCAGAUUGAGGAGCUGCCCAAGCAACUAUUUAACUGUCAGGCUCUCCGUAAACUGAGCAUACCUGAUAAUGACCUGUCAAACCUGCCAACCACCAUAGCCAGCCUUGUAAACCUGAGGGAGUUGGACAUCAGUAAAAACGGUAUUCAAGAGUUCCCAGACAACAUUAAAUGCUGUAAAUGCCUAUCUGUUGUGGAGGCCAGUGUAAAUCCUAUUGCCAAGCUCCCAGAGGGCUUCACCCAGCUCCUCAACCUGACACAGCUCUUCUUAAACGAUGCUUUUCUGGAAUACCUCCCCGCCAACUUUGGGAGACUUUCCAAGUUACGGAUCCUGGAAUUGCGAGAGAACCACCUGAAAACGAUGCCAAAGUCAAUACACAGACUGUCACAGCUGGAGCGAUUAGACUUGGGAAGCAAUGAAUUCACUGAACUGCCUGAAGUCCUGGAGCAGAUCCAUAACCUAAAGGAGCUGUGGAUGGACAACAACUCACUGCAGACAAUACCUGGGUGUAUAGGGAAGCUGAGGCAUCUGCGCUACCUGGACCUGGCUAAAAACAGGAUUGAAAGCCUGCACACUGACAUCUCUGGCUGUGAGUCCCUGGAGGACCUCCUGCUCUCCUCCAACAUGCUGCAGCAUCUGCCUGACACCAUAGGAAUGUUGAAAAAACUCACAACAUUAAAAGUGGAUGACAACCAGCUCACCUCACUGCCUAACACCAUUGGAAGUUUAUCGCUUUUAGAAGAGUUUGACUGCAGCUGUAAUGAAUUGGAGUCCCUGCCCCCAACCAUUGGCUACCUGCAUAACCUCCGCACGUUUUCUGCUGAUGAGAACUUCCUUGUUGAACUACCCAGGGAGAUUGGGAACUGUAAGAAUGUGACAGUCAUGUCGUUGCGCUCCAAUAAGCUGGAGUUUCUACCUGACGAAAUUGGGCAGAUGACCAAGCUACAUGUUCUCAAUUUAAGCGACAAUAGAUUAAAAAACCUUCCGUUCACUUUCACAAAACUAAAAGAUCUUGCUGCUCUUUGGCUAUCAGACAAUCAGUCCAAGGCCCUGAUCCCUCUCCAGACCGAGGCCCAUCCAGAGACCAAGCAGAGGGUCCUCACCAACUACAUGUUCCCUCAGCAACCACGACAUGAUGAGGACUACCAGUCAGACAGUGACAGUUUCAACCCCACCUUAUGGGAGGAACAGCGUCAGCAGAGGAUGACUGUGGCCUUUGAGUUCGAGGAGAAGAAGGAGGAAGAGGACAACUCUGGAAAAGUCAAGGUUGAGAUCAAUCUGAAGCGCUACCCUACACCGUACCCAGAGGAUCUGAAGAACAUGGUGAAGUCAGUGCAGAACAUGGUGGGCAAGAACCAGCAUCCCCUCAGCACUAACUGCUCUGGUACCAAUAUGGAGUCACGAAAACAAGAACAGUAUGAGCCCCCCUGGCCCAUGCCCCCCAAAGAGGUGAUGGAGAGAGAGAUGAAAGAGAGAGAAAGAGAGUUCAACAAGACUCAGAUGACAGAGCAGGGUGUAAUCCACAAUUCUGCCAUCGACAUCCCAAAGCGCAAGGACAAGGAGGAUCUGACUGAGAGCUCAGAGGAUUCUAUGGGCGGCUCUCCGAAUGACAUCCGUAUCUCUGAUAUGAGGCCCACCCUGGUGGAACCGGCCAUGUACAAACCAAAAGUUGUAUUACUGGGGAAAGACAAGAAAGAAUCUAUAGAUGAGUCAGACCCAGACAAGAUGCAUUGCCUGAACAACAGUGGCUCGUCGGCCACAUACUCAGACUACUCUCCGUCCCAGGGUUCUUCUGGCUCUUCCAACCCCCCGGGGAACGGGUCCACCCUGCAGGCUGCUGGGAAGGAUGGAGGAGUGCCUCAACAACACUGGACCAACAGGCUGGCCCAGCAGUUCCCCAAGCCGAUCGAGACCAAGCCCCUACUGAGUCAGAGAGACCCCAGAGAGACCCUUCCCUCCAGCACACUGCAGCAGCGCAGCGAGCGGCGCCCCCUCAGCGACACCUUUGACCAGUGGAACGACUCCUCCCACUAUGACAACACAGGCUUCGUGUCUGAAGAGGCUCCUCUGGAGACUCCCAGUGGUAGCAGCAGUGGUAACCCCAUGCUGGGCUCCAAGUCCUGCAGCGCCUCCACCUCCCAUGGGGGCCGCCGGCCCCUCAUGAGGCAGGAGCGCAUCGUAGGCAUCCCCUUGGAGCUGCAGGAUGCCCCUCACCAACACCCCUCCCACCAAUUCCAUAAUGUCCGCAACACACCCGAAACUGAAGCAUCUCAGCCUCCCCCUCUCAACCCGUGGCAGAACUGGACGAGGACGCCCAGUCCCUUCGAGGACCGCACAGCUUUCCCCUCCAAGCUGAGCUCCCCAGGCAACAGCCCCAAUCCUGACCGCAACGACUUUGAGCAGGAGAUGCAUCAUGGAGAGCUGCCGGGCACGUUCCCCUCCACAGGAACGUGGGGUUACCUAGACUCCAGGAACUCUGGGCAGGGGCGCAGCAGCCAGCAGGCCAACAUGUACCAACAUGUCCAAUCCAAGCCCACUAGACCAAGCUCUGGAGCCAUGGUGAUGAGCAAGAGCUCUGAGCGCCUCUCUCCCAUGAUGAAGGAGGUGAAGGCUAAGUUCAAGAAGUCCCAGAGCAUUGAUGAGAUAGACAUGGGCUCCUACAAUGUGUACAGUAUUCCCGUGGACACCUACAGCUCCAGCAUAGAGAAUCAGGGGAGUGUUGACCGUCCAGACAUGCCGGGCCCCAUGGAGCAGAGCAUGUCCCGGAGCCAGUCUGCCCCCAUGCUGGACGAUGAUGAUGCCUACGGAACUAAUAGCCAGCAGCAGAAGCCUUCCAUCCCCAAGAAGGUCUACCACUUCGACCAGAGCUUCAACCCUCAGGGGGCUAUGGAUUUGAGGAAUCAGCAGCAGGAGAGGAGGGCUCCUCCACCCUUCCCCAACACCCCUGAGUACGUCAACCAUCCGGGGAAGACCCUGCCCAAGGAGCUGGUGAGCCCCAGGGGCUACCGGGGUUACCCUCCCAUGGACCAGAUGUUCUCCUACUCUCAGCCCUCAGUCAACGAGGAGAACCAGCCGCCCCAGCAGCAGCAGCAACCUUUCCCCAUCCCCAGUCAGCGCUCCCGGCCUGGGUUCCUGAGGCGGGCCGACUCUCUGGUCAGCUCCACAGAGCUGGCCCUGUUCCGCAGGGUUCAGGAGGCCCAGGAGAUGCAGCAGAAGUCGGACCACUAUGGCCGGCUGCAUUUCAAAGGCAUGUUGGAGCACCAGAACAGUCUGGCCAGCAUGGCCCAGCAGGACCAACAGUACAACAAGAGGAACGGCAGGUACGAGGAAGACUACUCCUCCUACCAGGAGCCUAAGAAGCCCAUCAUGGGCUACCCCACUAAGAGCCUGACACAGCGGCGCCCUCUGUCGGCCAGGAGUUACAGCACGGAAACGUUCGGGGCGUCCCAGGCCAGGCCUGUGUCUGCCAGACCCACCAUGGCUGCCUUGUUGGAGAAGAUGCCCCCAGAUUAUAAUCUGAGCACUUGCACUGAGAAUAUACAGAGCCCUGAUGAGAUGAAAAUGCGCACCAUGCAGCUGCAGCAUAAGUCUGACGAUAUGUCCUCUAAGAUGCCAGUAGACUGGAGGCAACAGCUGCUUAGACAUAUAGAGGCCAAACGAUUAGACCGGAGCGCUGUCCUUAAGCACAACACAGUAAACUUCGGCAUGCUGUGCUCUGGAGGCAUGACAAACUUUUACAAUAACAUGAAUAAGCAUGAAAACCAAACAACACAGUGGCUACCUCUACCCAAUACCCCCUCUCAACAGAGCAAUAUAUUGGACAACGGCCAGGAGGUGGUCUCUCCCACUACUCAGUGGGCCCCCUACUCACUGGGCAGGAGAGACGUGCCCCCAGAAAACAUCAUGAAAAAGAUUCCUGAUUCUUUGCCUAACGGGUUGAAUUACCCACAGGCAGGCGGCCACCACCACCACCCCCACCAAUCACAGACCAUGAUCGUGACAUCCACAUCGGCCACACCCCCACACCGCUCAUUGCGGGACCAGCAGUAUGAGGGUGCCAUCAACAAGAUCUCCAUCCAACAGUACCAGUCUCCCCUGCCCAUGGCCACCACCACCCGUCCCCAGAGUGCACGCUGCCUCAUCCAGACCAAAGGCCAGAAGAGCAUGGACGACUUCCAGGAGCAGUUCUGUGUGCGGAUAGAGAAGAAUCCAGGUUUAGGGUUCAGCAUCUCAGGGGGAAUCAGUGGCCAAGGGAACCCUUUCAAGCCUUCUGACAUGGGUAUCUUUGUUACUAGGGUACAGCCUGAUGGACCGGCCUCCAACCUGCUACAGCCUGGGGACAAAAUACUGAAGGCCAAUGGACAUAGUUUUUUACACAUGGAACAUGAAACUGCUGUGUCUCUUCUGAAGAAUUUCCAGAAAACUGUGGACUUAGUAAUCUUGAGGGAGAGCACAAUUUAAAUAUUUUUUUAUAACACCAUUGCUUCUCUCCCAACGGGUUGUGGAAAUGUAUACAACCAGUUUUUAUCUAGGAACAGUGACAUUUGCCGAUUGCUGGACCAAUGGCAAAUAAAGUGCCAAAUGUACUAUAGGAUACAUAGGUUAUAAGAUAUCUAUGAAUUUUAUGUAAACAGGAAUUUUAUCUCUUGAGUUGAUGUGAAGGAAAGUCAUUUUUGUUGGAGGUUGGAGCAAUUUUCUUAGUUUUUAUUUGGACAUUUUUUGCGUAUUUAUAUUGCCUUUUAUUUUGUACCUUUUUCAUUGUAGCUUCUCAUUUUACUCUCAGAGCAUGAAAACACACUAGCUCUUUAGGAAUUCUAAUCACCAUAAACACUGCCUCAACUUUGUAUAGGCCGUGGGUAAAUAUUUUCAUUUACAAUAAAGACAUGAACAGUAGCGAGAGGAUUGGGACAGAAAUAAAAUGUUUACAAUGUUCUUAAAUUAUUUAAAUUAAAUGUUUUUAAAAAUCCUACCGUAAUACAGGGCCAAUUUAUCAAGUUUUUAAAUUAUUAUUUUAUUAUUAUAGGUUUUCCCACCAGUUUAUUUCAUUAAUGUAUUAACACUAUAUUGAUUGUUAUACCCAACCAGUCACUACAUUAUAUAAGGUCGAUUUUUGGUAGUUGCUCAAUAAUGUAUAUGUUUGCACAAAUUAGCUACAUUUUAAAAGUAGAAGCAAUAGUCAAUCCCACACCUGAAAGGGUUUAUUUUAGAUUACAAGACUACCCUAGAGGGCCAUCUGCUGGCUACAUUGUGUUUACAUGUGCUGCAAUUGCACCAAGGAGUAUGUAAUGUCACAUACCCCCCAUAUUCAACUCCUAAAGAAUUUACAUACAGAAAAGUUGUAACAUUGUUUCUCAUCUGUUUGUGUUAAAAACAAAAUAGUUUGUUCGCAAUGAUUUGAAGUAAUUUUGCUGUGCUUUUCAGCACCACUCUGUAGAACACAAAUUACUUUCAAUGUCUUCAUUUUAAGCUCAGUUUAUUAUGAGAAUGCACUAUUGGAAAGGUAUUCAUGUGAGAAUUAUGUAUAUAUAUUUUUUAACAAUGCUGCUGACCAGAAUAGGCAUUUCACUCUGUUCCAUUUCUGGAUGGAUGUUCAUCUUAAGUUCUGACAUUACAGCAUGCUUUCAUGGUUAUAAUGGUCUUUGGAUAUGUUUUUUUGGAUACAUUAUCUGUGUUUUCAAAUUUUGGAAUCUCUCUCAUAAAGAAGUUUUUCUCAUUGCAAACCGCUGAGGUUUACAAAGAGACAUUAUUAUAUUGUGACAUUUGGUGCCAUUUUAUUACAAUCAAAAACAUAUACCUUUAUGAGCCCUAACAAUGUUUCAUUACUAUUUUUGUCAAAUGUAGCAUCAAUUGUGACAUUCUUGAGCAAAACCAAGCACCUAUAACCCUAUGGAGGGACCCUGGUUGAAUUUGUGCCAAGCUAAGCUGGUACGUUGUACUUCAAUAUCCAGUAAAUUACGAGUUAAAAUAUUCAAGAUAUUGUGAGAAAGUUUGAUAAUAUAAUUAUUUUUACGAAAUGUUUUCAGGUUAUUAUUCAGAAUAUAUUGAUAUACCUUAGCUUUGCUCAAAUUGCGAGAUUUUAUAAGGACAAUGAAAAAGUAUAGGUGAAGUACUUAUGACUUGGAGAAUAAAAGCUGUGCUAAAAACCAUA